CGACAUAGUGCUCUUCAUUUUCAAGCCCAACUCUAAUUCUAUCCUUCUACAUUCCACCGCGGAUUCCACAAAACUGGGUAAGCUUCUUCUUCUUCUCCGUCUCUCUGCUCUGGCAUUCGACUCGACAAAUCACAAUUCUUCCACGUCAAGGUUGAGAUAUGGCCAUAACAUCAACAACCACUCUUUCAUUUGGGCUAAUCACGCCUGCCAGACCCAAGAGUAGCUCAAUUUCACAGUCUAAGACGUUGGCUUUAAUGCAUAAGGCACCUUUUAGGAGCUUUGCAGGACUUAAAGCUACUGAAUCAUCUAUAAUAAGAUGUGAAUCAUCAUCAUCAUUUUUUGGGAGUGAAAGUAUUAAACCAUUUCUUCGUCAAUCCUUCUCUACUCUAAAAGCUCAGAGGGAUAGGCACAACUGUGUUCAACCCCAGGCGUCAUACAAAGUGGCCAUUCUUGGGGCUGCGGGUGGCAUAGGUCAACCUCUAGCCCUUCUGGUCAAGAUGUCCCCGCUAGUCUCGGAUUUGCACCUUUAUGACAUAGCCAAUGUCAAGGGAGUGGCAGCAGACAUCAGUCACUGCAACACUCCCUCACGCGUGUUUGAUUUCACAGCAGCUUCCGAAUUAGGAAACUGUUUGAAAGAUGUCAAUGUGGUCGUCAUACCUGCCGGUGUCCCAAGGAAGCCGGGGAUGACACGUGAUGACCUGUUCAACAUAAAUGCCAACAUCGUGAAGACCCUGGUCGAGGCUGUAGCAGAUCACUGCCCAGAUGCUUUCAUCCACAUCAUCAGCAACCCUGUCAACUCGACGGUCCCGAUCGCAGCCGAGGUCCUGAAACAAAAGGGAGUUUAUAAUCCCAAGAAACUGUUUGGUGUCACCACCCUUGAUGUUGUGAGGGCAAACACGUUCGUUGCUCAGAAGAAAAACCUCAGGCUCAUUGAUGUUGACGUCCCAGUCGUCGGAGGUCAUGCUGGGAUUACCAUUUUACCCCUGUUGUCGAAGACGAAGCCUUCGACUUCAUUUUCAGACGAGGAAGUUGAUGAGUUGACUGUGAGAAUCCAGAACGCGGGGACAGAAGUCGUUGAAGCAAAGGCGGGGGCAGGAUCUGCCACACUGUCAAUGGCGUACGCAGCCGCGAGAUUCGUGGAGUCAUCGCUCCGUGCCAUUGAUGGGGAUAGUGAUGUGUACGAGUGUGCUUUUGUGCAGUCAGAUCUCACAGAGCUUCCGUUCUUUGCAUCAAGGGUCAAAUUGGGAAAGGAUGGUGUUGAGGCAUUGGUCCCAUCCGACCUUCAAGGACUGACCGAGUAUGAACAGAAGGCUUUGGAAGCACUGAAGCCAGAGUUGAAGGCCAGCAUUGAGAAGGGGAUCACAUUUGUUCAUAAACAGCCAGUGAGCCCUUAGAUUACUAUUGCUAUUAUAAGUAAUUUUUGGGAGCGCAUUGUGUUGGGGCACAGUUUUGCAGGCAAGGUGAAGUUUAAUUACCUUUUGUGUGUGUGUGUGUGUGUGUGUGUGUAUGGAGGGUAAUAAUAAUGACACAUUUUCAUGUUGUAAUCAAAGUGUACCAAAACUGUUGAGGCACACCAUUAUCUUUUUAAGGAUCCCUUUUUAUUCAGGGCACUUUUGUAUGAAUGAACCAAUAAAUUGUCAUUGUCAUAUUUUAUACCGGCCUGAUAGAGACAAGUACGCAAAUGCCAGAUUGAAACUGACAAUUGUUGGCUUGUUUGAUUAUAGUGGAAAAUUGUUAUUCUCCCCUAAAAAUGUCAUACUAAGAAAAGAAUAGGACCUGC